CACCCAAGUGCCACCACAGCACCAAGCUCUGUUUCUCAACCCUUCCAUAAUCACUUUCACUUUCACACCAGAUAACAGUAUAUUUAAUCUUGAACACCCAAAAAUUAUACAAAAUGGGCCACUUUUGGACUUUCUUGAAUCAUGUCCAGUCACUGUCUGGGCCUACAGUGAUGCUAUUAUACCCCUUAUAUGCAUCGGUUCAAGCGAUUGAAAACCCAUCGAAGGUGGACGAUGAGCAGUGGUUAGCUUAUUGGAUCUUGUACUCGUUCCUCACACUCAUGGAGAUGAUGCUGGAACCCUUGUUAGAACGGAUACCGAUAUGGUAUACGGUAAAGGUAGCAUUUGUGGCAUGGCUUGUGCUGCCGCAGUUCAGAGGCGCGUCUUUCAUAUACGAGAGGAUUGUGAGGGAGCAGCUGAAGAAAUACAGCGGCGGCAGAUUAGGGAAAGCUCAUCAAUCCCCACAGGGCAAGAACAAGUUCAUAGGUUUCAUUACUCCCAAGAAGGGGGAGCAUGAGGCGCACUAAAGAAAAACUAAAAAAAAAAUUCUUUCUUGCCAGUGAAUACUCCUCUUUCUCGUUCGUACUUUUGACAGAUGUGUAAUCUCUUUUCCUUGUGCAUUUGUAUGUGUUCUGAUGUACCACACAUGGACACGUCUCCUGUGGUUUCUAGAUCCACUUGUGGUGGGGCAUAUGGGUGACACGUGUAAGCAUUGUAGCUAGCAUGUUCUACGAAAAUUGUUGUAUUUUGUAUUUUCUUUGGUGGUCCACUGGAUGGAAUGGUUAAUGUCCAUGCCUUCCAAUUCAAAACUAUGGGACGUGCCACUGCAUUAAUAUAUGUGGAGAUGAUCUCCUUGUAGGUUGA